AUGAAUAAAAAACUUAGUUUUCGAAAAAUUUUCGAUAACCGAGGUGUUGACUAUUUUGUCGAAAGUACCAUUAGUUUAUCUCAACCAAUAUUAGAUACUUCAACCACGGUUUCAAAAAUUGUUUUGGAAUUUGGAACCGAUGCCGCUUUACCUUUUGCCAAAUUUUUACCAUUGAUAAAUGAUUUAUCAAAAGUUUAUGAAACGAUAAUUAAAUUAUAUCAAACGGCUGAACAUAAUAAAAAAAUUUGUGGGGUUUUGUUGGAUAGGGUUACCGAAGCAGCAGUUAGAAAUUUAAAAAUUCGUCGAGAUGAUAAUCAAAAAUUCUUUACCGAACAAAAUUAUUUGAUUUUAAGAAAAUUACUUGGAACUAUUCAUCGAAUUAAAAAUUUUACCAAUGAUAUCUCUCAACUUACUGGAUUAAGGAAAUAUUUUCAAGCCAAAUCAAUUGAACAAACAUUUCAAGAAUUAACGAAUGAUUUUGAUUCUUAUAUGAGAAUCUUGAAUUUUUCGAUGAUUAUUAAAAAUCAAUUUCAAACCGAAAAAGAUAAACAAGUUUUAAAAGAGGAUGUUGAUGCUUUAACGAAGUAUCUCAAUGAAAUUGAAGGAGGUAUUACAGAUACGAAUAAAACAAUUAAUGUAGCUAUUGAAGAGGUGGCUGCGUUGAAACAUAAUUUCGAAAAGAGUAAUUCUGAUCAUAUAUCUUCUAAAAGUCGUGAACAAUUACAAUUAAAAGAACUUAUCAAUGAUGAACCACUUCAAAUUGAUGAUUUUUAUCCUCCCGAAAAAAAAAUUGGUAAAAAAGUUUAUCUAAGAAAACGUAAAUGUGAUCAACUGAAAUUCACUUUUAAAGAAGUUCCAAUUAAAGAUUCAAAUGAAAUUAUUCGAUUUUAUGGAUUAGCCACUGAUAAUGAGGUUUUAUAUUUGGUCACCGAAUGGAUGGAAAAUGGUUGUUUAAGAGAAUAUUAUAAAUCCAAUCCAAUAGGAAUUGAUUUAAAUCAAAAGAUUUGUUUCGCUUUGGAUAUUUCUAGAGGUCUUAAUUAUCUUACUUCAGUGAAAAUUUUACAUCAUGAUAUUAGUUCGGAAAAUAUUUUUAUUUCAUUACAAAAUCGUGCCAAGAUUGCGAAUUUUGGUUUGAGUAGAGGAUUCACUGAUGCCACUAGAAAUAUUAAAGCCAAUAUUCAAAAUAUUAGAUAUAUGUCACCGGAAAAAAUGAUUGAUUCAACGCAUGUUUAUGAUGUUAAAUGUGAAGUUUAUAGGUAA